UCAUCAUCCGGGAACUCCGAGCUGCUGACGCUUCAAACAGAGCGCGGCGUUUCUCAAACAGCGCGAGAUAAACACCGAGCCGUGAGGAGGCGGGUUAAUUAUUAUCAUUAUUAUUAUUUGUGUGUUUAGUUAAACGAUAUUACAUACCCGUUUGUAAGGCGUGGACGAGACUAAAAGCCGCUAUUAAACAGAAUCCCUUGUGCUGCCAUGGACAGUGUGAAGAUGGAAUCUGUCCAGAUUAAAGAGGAGUUCCUUGACCUUGUCCCCAUUAGAGUGGAGUUCUCUGGGCUGGCUUCCCUCCCCAUUAAACAGGAGCUCUGUGAGAUGCAAUGUGACAGCAGUCAGCCAGAGGUCUCUGACAUUAAAGCUGAGCACAAUGAAUUGGAGAUCCCCCAGACAGAAGAACCCCUUCGUGUUAAACAAGAAGAGGUGCUGGAAACUGUCUGUAUUAAACAUGAGCCCCCUGAAGUAGAGUUUGAGCACAUGGAACCAGGGAAGGAAGAAUCCGAGGACUUCAAACCAAACAUCCCUGAGCUGGAGCGUGUACGCCUGCGGGAGUGUAGCGUGGUGCUGGAGAGAAUCUGCGUGAGAGAGCAAGGCGCUGGAGAGGAAGGCUCUCCCAACAGCAUGCAAGGAGGUGGAAAGGAAGACGGGCGCUCCCAUUCAGAAUGCAGUCUAGCAGGUUCCAGUCCAGCAGCUAAAGUGAGGACGGGCGCUGGAGAAUAUCCUGACUGUGGGAAAGGUUUCACCCAGUUAGAGCAUUUAAAAAUACCCCAGAGAGCUGACACAGGAGAGAAACCGUACCACUGCUCUGACUGUGGGAAGAGUUUCAUUAGGCCAGGAGACAUGAAAGCACACCAGCGAAUUCACACAGGAGAGAAACCGUAUUCCUGCUCUCGCUGUGGGAAGAGUUUCAGUCAGUCAAACAACCUUGUUUCACACCAGCGAAUUCACACAGGAGAGAACCCGUAUUCCUGCUCUGACUGUGGGAAGAGUUUCAGUCAGUCAAACAACCUUGUUUCACACCAGCGAAUUCACACAGGAGAGAAACUGUAUCGCUGCUCUGAUUGUGGGAAGAGUUUCAGUCGGGCAGGAACCCUGAAAGCACACCAGCAAAUUCACACAGGAGGGAAAACAUAUUGUUGCUCUGACUGUGGAAAGAGUUUCAGUCAUUCAAACAGCCUUGUUUUCCACCAGCGAAUUCACACAGGAGAGAAACCGUAUCACUGCUCUGACUGUGGGAAGAGUUUCAGUGUUUCAGGACAACUGACAACACACCAGCGAAUUCACACAGGAGAUCAACCGUAUCGCUGCUCUGACUGUGGAAAGAGUUUCAGUCAGUCAGCCAGCCUUAAAACACACCAGCGAAUUCACACAGGAGAGAAACCGUAUCACUGCUCUGACUGUGGGAAGAGUUUCAGUUAUUCAGGAAACCUGAAAACACACCAGCGAAUUCACACAGGAGAGAAACAGUACCACUGCUUUGACUGUGGGAAGAGUUUCCGUCUUAAACAAGGACUUCAAAAACACCAGCGUACUCACACAGGAGAUCAACCGUAUCGCUGCUCUGACUGUGGAAAGAGUUUCAGUCAGUCAGCCAGCCUUAAAACACACCAGCGAAUUCACACAGGAGAGAAACCGUAUCACUGCUCUGACUGUGGGAAGAGUUUCAGUUAUUCAGGAAACCUGAAAACACACCAGCGAAUUCACACAGGAGAGAAACAGUACCACUGCUUUGACUGUGGGAAGAGUUUCCGUCUUAAACAAGGACUUCAAAAACACCAGCGUACUCACACAGGAGAUCAACCGUAUCGCUGCUCUGACUGUGGAAAGAGUUUCAGUCAGUCAGCCAGCCUUAAAACACACCAGCGAAUUCACACAGGAGAGAAACCGUAUCACUGCUCUGACUGUGGGAAGAGUUUCAGUUAUUCAGGAAACCUGAAAACACACCAGCGAAUUCACACAGGAGAGAAACAGUACCACUGCUUUGACUGUGGGAAGAGUUUCCGUCUUAAACAAGGACUUCAAAAACACCAGCGUACUCACACAGGAGAGAAACCGUAUCGCUGCUCUGACUGUGAGAAGAGUUUUAGUCGGUUAGACAACCUUGUUUCACACCAGCGAAUUCACUCUGGAGAGGAUCCGUAUUGCUGCUCUGACUGUGGGAAGAGUUUCCGUUUUAAACAAGGCCUUCAGAAACACCAGCAAAUUCACAGAGGAGAGAAACCUUAACCUUUAGCGGUCCAUUUAUUCAGCGCGUCUCAGGCGCGUCAGGUCCAAUUUAUUUUCACACGCGCAGUUUAUUUUAAACCGCUGUUUAAAAGUAUUUUUUUCACAGUAAAACAGGUUUAAAAGGCACUGCAUAUCAACAGGACACUCAGUACUGCAUCUCCAGCCCCGCCCCACCCCUUGUUGACUAUAUUUUUCACAUACGUCUUAAUAAUAGUACAUACCGAUAAAUCAUCUCCUGAUCACUCGUUUUAUCAUAAUUUAUUUUAUUACUAUAACAUCUAAAAAAAGCUCUGCAAAUGUCUGUGAUAUUCUUUGAGCGCUGGAUGCAGAAGCAGCUAUCUUGUUUGUGUAUGUCCGUGUUAUCUAUGUGGUGUCGGGGCGAUCUGUAUUCAUGAGAUACGUCCUUUUUUAUUUCGGCUCCUAUCGGUCUCACUCGGCCAUUGAAUGGUUUUCUCGGCUUUUUCCAGAGAAAAAAUGACUAGAGACCUGUAUUUUACGUUUAAGGGGAAAUUGCGAUGUCGGACCAGGUCUGACAUAGGACCGCAAAGGGUUAAAGACUGUUCUGUCAUGAGGAAAAAAAAUGUUAACCUUGCAUUAUGAAUCUCAAACAAAAACACUUUGGAAAUGUGAAAUGCCAAGUUAUCAAAAUUGCCCAACCAUUUAAAGUAGAGAUAUCAAAAACACAAGACAAGCUUCAUGAAACCUUUGGGGCAACCUUGCUCAGCAGAAAGCAAACAGACACAACUGUAAAACCGAUGAGGUCCAAGGUUGCCCCAGUUGUUUCUUCUAACUUGUAUCAAAAACACAAGUUAACUUGGAAGAAACAAUUGGGGCAACCUUGGCCAGCACCAAGCAAACAGGCACAACUAUCAAAGAGGUGGGGGCCAAGGUUGCCCCAAUUUCACAAUUAACACGUUUCUCAGUUUUAAUUCAGAAACCAAUUGUUUCUACUAACUGGGCUUGUGUUUUUCAGACACAGUAAAAGCCGAUCAAAUGCAUGAAAAACACAAGCCAAGUUAGUAGAAACAAUUGAUUUCUGAAUUAAAACUGAGAAAUGUGUUAGUUGUGAAAUUAAUUUGUAAAGGAGGAAUGAAAAGAAAACCAGAAGCCCAAAUAUACUGUAAUGCAAUGUAAGGUCUCUCUGAGAAUCAUUAUCAUUAUUAUUAUUAUUAUUAUUAUUAUUAUUAUUUAAAAGAAAAAUAAUCUUCCAACUGAAUGUGCAUUUAAAAAAAUGUCGGGUUUACAGUCUACUUCAGUUAUAUUCAUCUGUUUUUUUUUUCUUUCAUGUUUCCAAAGUGCAAAACAAAAACUACAACUGCAAAAGAGAAAAGGGAACCGAUUAUCAAGUGUAAUAAAACUCUAAGAUGUUAUUUUUGUAAUGAUUUAUCAAUGGAAAUUACAGAGGCAUUGAUACAGUACUGUGUGUAUUACAGCUGUUAAAUAAAAAAAGGAUGUGAACUCUUUCUUGUUGUGUUAGUUUUGAACAGUGUGAUUAUGUACAUGUUAAGAACAUAAGAAAGUUUACAAACAAGAGGAGGCCAUUCAGCCCAUCGUGCUCGUUUUGGUUGUUAGUAGCUUAUUGAUCCCAGAAUCUCAUCAGGCAGCUUCUUGAAGGAUCCCAGGGUGUCGGCUUCAACAACAUUACUGAGGAGUUGGUUCCAGACCCUCACAAUUCUCUGUGUAAAAAAGUGUCUCAUAUUUUCUGUUCUGAAUGCCCUUUAUCUAAUCUCCAUUUGUGACCCCUGGUCCUUGUUUCUUUUUUCAGGUCGAAAAAAAAGUCCCCAGGGUUGAUAUUGUCAAUACCUUUUUCAAUUCUGAAUGCUUUAAUCAGAUCGUCAAGACUGAAUAGAUUCAGUUGUUUUAGCCUGUCUGCAUACGACAUGCCUUUUAAACCUGGGAUAAUUCUGGUUGCUCUUCUUUGCACUCUUUCUAGAGCAGCAAUAUCCUUUUUGUAACAAGGUGACCAGAACUGAACACAAUAUUCGAGGUGAGGUCUUACUAAUGCAUUGUAAAGUUUUAACAUUA